GUGUCAGUUGGUCGAUUUACAAUCUUUCGAAUUUUAACUUCCCUUCCGCUGUCCGCUGUUGUUGUCCCUAGUUUGUCCCCUGUAUUUCACUUAGAAUUUUAACUUCCCUUCAACAGCAUUUGGUUUUUCCAGCGCCCGAGAUAGCGUUCUUCGUGAAAUAUAUUCGCCGCGAAGAUGCUGUCGUCGUCAUUCAAUAAAUCAGCAAAGAAAGAACAAUUGCGUCAUAAGAAACCAAAGACUGUGAUGUCAGGAAAUCAAUCAAGGCAUGACGAAUCGUUAGUUGUGGUGGAGGAUGUUCGGCAAGGCAAGUUCAGUCGUGCACGUGGCCUCUUACUCGGGGAACUACGUCAGGAAAAGAUGGAUCCUCAGGAUCACCCUCAUCUCUCUGCUCAUCCUCGGGGGUUUCGUGACCCUUGUGAUCCGCAACCGUCCUAGGGGCCUUUGGAUCCCGACCACGCCCGACCUGUGUGAAAUAUGGAAAGGGGAAACACCUCGACCCCCGGCAACGCUCUGGUGGCAAUGGGCGUGUCUGAUAGAAUGGGACAUGGAUAGUGGUAACGGCUAUCAGUGCCAGAAUAUGGAGUAUAUGGGAAACUGGCCUGUUUGCUGGGACGAACCCUACAGGCCCAAAGGAAACUGUCUUGUGUACUCUUUCGGUAUAAACUAUGACUUCAGUUUCGAUGAAGCUAUGGCGAAGCGAGGUUGUACUGUGUAUAGUUUUGAUCCGAGCAUGGGGAUGGUGGACCACAAACACUCUGAUGGGGUGCUCUUCAUGAACCUGGGUCUGGGCGCAGCCGACGAUGACUCAUUCCAUCCAAACUUUGACUUGUAUGUCAGACAUUCCACCAACUGGAAGAUGAGAACCCUGAAAUCCAUCAUGGCGAUGCUGGGGCACGAGAAGCGCGUGAUCGACGUGUUGAAGAUUGACAUCGAGGUGUACGAGUGGGCUGUCACCGCUAACAUCAUGAAGGACCAGCUAUUUCCCCAAAUCCGCCAGUUUCUAGUUGAAUGGCAUGUCUUCCCUAACGUACCAUCAAGGGAAAACUUCAAGGACAUCUAUGAUGCAUAUAUGAGCUUAAAGGAGGCUGGCCUCCGGUCCUACCUCAAGAGCAGCUGCUGCAGGUAUCAUCAUUACAAAUACUUUAAUUCCCAAGCCGACAUGGCCUACGUCAACACCAAGUUGACACCCCUAGUUGAACAAGUCGGUAUCUGAUGACAACACAAUAACUGUGGCUUGAAAGUUUAUACGUAUGAUACAUUACACUGUUUGCUGAUUCACGGUGGAAAGCAUUUAUAUUAUAUAUUCGUGAUGUUCUUUAUUAACAUGAACUAGCCUAGACCUAAUGCUCUCUUGCCGACGGAACUUUGUGAGAUGUUCCAGAAACUUACACCAAUACUGUUGACGAUGGAAGGAUGUACAUGUGUGUGUGACCCGUGAAGAUCUGGGUAAGAAUAGGACUUCAGCAACCCAUGCUUGCCGUAUAACGCGACUGUACUUGUCGUAAAAGGAGACUAAUGGGAUUGACAUCAAACAAAGAAACAUGUGUAUGUUGUUAUGCGGAUGCAGCAACACCAGCCUGACUCACGUAUUGUGCAUUUGUGUAUGUGUUUUUGUCUGAACCUCAUGUCUAUGUAUGUUCUUCGGUUUACUGUCGCUAAUUAAGAGUACAUUGUACUAUACAGAUAGUGAUCCACUUCUUGCCAAAUGUUUAUACUUUGGAACACUAACGUAACACAGGAACUUCAACACCUUUCGAUGAAGUGAGUGAUUGCGUUAUCAAGUCCUGGGAAAUGGCGAACCCAUGACGAACUUGUUUCUUAAUAUUUCUCUUAAAUUCGGAUCCACGACGGACUACCUGACCCGUUUUACUCCAAUCAUAAUAAUAAACGCAUAAUCAUAAUAAUUA